UGCUGUAAAAUGGACACAUCGAACAACGUACGCCUGCAACUUCAGCAGCAGCAGGCAUGCAAAUCGAAUCAAAACAUUCAGGUCUAUGUGCGCGUUAGGCCGCUGAAUGCACGCGAUCGAUGCAUACGCUCCGCAGAGGUUGUGGAUGUGCUCAAUCCACGCGAGAUCCUCACGCCACACCCUCGACUCGAAGUUGACGAAGAAGUUUACGUUUGAUCGGAGCUUCGGCCCCGAGUCCAAGCAAUGCGAUUUCUAUGCGGUGGUGGUGUCGCCCCUGAUCGAAGAGGUGCUAAGCGGCUACAAUUGCACGGUGUUCGCGUACGGACAGACGGGUACUGAACAGAAUAGA